AUGGAGCUUAAUAACAACUUGAUUGGGUUCCGAUUCGAAUACGAUAGUAAUCUAAGCAUAGAAUAGCUACAAGUUUUAAACAAUAAGACAUAUAUUGUUUAUGUAGCCUAGUUUUAUCAGUCUGAUAAAAACAGUACAGCCAGUUUUUUAUUAGAUAUUAUUGAUUGCACUAAUCCAGGACUUAUUGGCUUUAAAUGUCUUGACUUCUCUAAAGUUGCUAAUUAUACUUUUUCUCUUAAUUCUGAAAACAGCUUGUUGACCUACAUUAACAUUAUGACUUAUGCUUGCUAAGAUUUAGACACCUUUAAGACCUCAAUACCUAAUAAUUGUGCUAACUAUACAGAAAUAAAUAACAUUGUAAAUGGAAUUAAUGCUGUUAUAAGAUUGAAGCUUUAUACAUCCCAGUUUAAUACUACUUCAAAAGAAGUACAAGUCAACUACAGAAACUCCUACGUUUACACAGUAGCUAACUAGUCAAUUUUAUCAAGGAUUAAGACAUAAAAACAAAUAACUUCAGUCAAAACAGGAUAUAUAAUACAAUCAUAAAAUAGCUUUUCUUCUCCUAUAUAAUAUGAGCAACAAGACUAAACUCUAGACAGGUAAUAUGCUGCAUAAAGCAUCGGAGUUUCUUGUUAUAGUCGUGUAAUGAUUUUUCCAGAUGAGUUAGUUUAGUAAAUAUAAAUAUAAUUUCCCACUAUUCCCUAAGUGUUUGCAUAAGUAAAUAGUAUUUUUACACUCUUAAUGUUAUUAGGUAUAUUUGGUAGAGCUGCCUCAAAUUCUUCAAUUAAGAAAGAAUUCUUCAAACUUUUCUUGAAAAAUCUAUACAAAACAAACUUUCCACAAAUUUAACAAUUUAAAGAUGCUUCAAAAUCUGAAUAGACUCAGAUUUUACAAGACAAUUUAUUUCAAGAAGCAUAAAAGAAAAAUUAGAAGCAUUACGAGCUAACGAAACAAAACAAUAAAAAAAAAAUAGAAUCAGAAAAAUUGAAUUUUGAAAAUGUAAAUUUAAGCGAAGAUGAAAUAAAAGAUGAAGAAAAAAAUAGCCAAUGUCAAAAAAUACCAAUAUUUUAGUAUAAUCCAACAUUUAACAUGAAAAAGUAAAAGCAUGACAAAAGUAGUUUUAACAAUAAUAAACAAUCACUAUAAAAUCCUAAAGAUAUUAUUUUAAGAAAAACAAAAUAAUCAAUUAUAUUAAAGAAAAUGGAAUCGAAUACCAUUUAAGAUGAAGCUUCAAAAAUUAAUUUUGAUACUUUUUUUUAAAAAUCAAGUUUUGAUGAUAAGUAAACCACAAGCAUAAUAACAGAUUCUCGUUUUUAUUCUUAAAAUUAAACUUCAUAUCAAAAAAAUAUAUAUAAAGAUAAAUUUCUUAACGUAUCUAUGAGUUUUAAUUCAAUUGAAGUGAAUGCAAAUAAUAAGAACAAAAAAUAUAAAGAAAACUAAACAUAAGAUUUUAUGAACUAAAUCAAUAAAAAUCACAAUAAUAAAACUGAAGGAAAGCUCAAAGAAAUUCAAGAUAAAAGUAAAAAAUGGAAGAUUAUUUAUUAAUAUCUUCAGAAGUUGAGAAUUUGCAAAAAAAGGCAAAAAAUUGAAUAAAUCCACAAGCUAAGUAAAAUACAGAAAGAAAAAAUAUAAAAUCAUAUUAACUAAGAUUUAGAUAUUUUAAGUAUCUUAAAAGACAUUAUUUUUAUUAAGAAAGCCGUAAUGAUCCUAUUAAAAAAAGAUUAACUAGCAGCAAUCAAGCAUAUUGGGCUUUCUACACAAAUUUUAGAAUUGGAUUUAAAAAGUUUAGGGCCUAAUUUAGACAAGAUAAAAACAUAUUUUAGUUAUUAUGAAAUGUAGCAUGCUAUUUUAUCAUCUGAGAAGCUACAAGAAUAUUAAAUACAAAAAUUUUUAAAGAGAUGCUCUAAUAAUAAAAAUCUAACUCAAAUAGAUAACAGAAUUUUAUAAUCAUUAAAAAUUUAAUAAUCAAUUUGA